AUGGGUGUAUGUCUGCAUUUAGACCUUUCAUUGUAUGGUGCACAUGGGUUGGGUGUGUCAAUGUGUAUACGAGUUCAGGAAAGUCCACAUUGCCCCCUCCUGUUGGAGAGUCUGGGUGAACCAAUCGAUGAAGCAUCAUUCCACAUGAAUGAAGAUUCCAGGACGAAGGUCACAUUGGCAGAAACCACAGCAACACGGCCGCCAUGCACGGCAGCCUUUGGGUUGUGUGAUAUUCGCGGCCUCUGUAUAUUCUCCGCUCGUGGAGAGAAGUUGUUGUUUUUAAAUGUGGCUGAACGGGUAAAUAUCGACUAG